GCGCAAGUUUUUAAACUACGAAUGACAAAUUGGAUUAUUUUUUAGAAAUUGACAGUUUUUAGUCUAUCAAUCAAUGUAAAAACAGCCGCCGUAACUUAAGCAGCCUUAAUUUAAGUUUAUUAGAAGCUGGCGCAAUUGAGAUUCACCGUUUACACUUAUUGGCCUAUCGAUAGGCGCAGGGCAACAUGGCUGUAUGUAGAUCCAACUGCUUGAACAAGGACAGUUGGAUCGUGUCGAGGGCCCCAUUGCAAUACUUUGAUGUAAACAACACGGCUUUUUUAUCUAGUUUGUAUUUAUCACAAAAAGUACGCAAAGAAAAUUGACAAACAAUGGCUGAUGCGUGGGACAUAAAAUCGCUGAAAACGAAGCGCAAUACAUUGCGUGAAAAACUGGAGAAGCGCAAGAAGGAGCGAUUCGAAAUACUUUCCGACAAACAAGAAGACCAAACGAAUCCCAAAAAGGAGCUUGUUGAGGCAGAUGUGGAGGUGCAGAAGGCUGUGCUGCAGUCACUAAGUGCCAGCACAUUGGUUUUGCCUAUUGUGUCCACCCAAAUUGUUCACAAAGUAGGCGGCAUUUUGGAGCAGCCACCGACCAUGGAAAUGGUGAACUUUAUACUAGGCAAGUUGGCGAAUCAAGGUGCCAUUGGCAUUAGGAAUGUGACCAUUGGCACCGAAGCGGGCUACGAGGUGAUCUCAGUGCAAACCAAAGAGCUGCGCGAAAUCUACGACGAUGUCAACGACAGUUGUCAGCAGAAGGAGGAGGCGGAGGCAAAGCGGAAGCUGGCUGGCGAGUUGGAUGGUGAGUCUGACGAUGAACGCGGACAACGGAAAUUGCUGAAGCUAGAGGGCAGCAGCGGUCGCAAGGAAUCAACCAGUCUGGAUGCCUCCGAUGACAUUAUGAUGCUGCUGUCGCUGCCCUCGACUCGCGAGAAACAAAGCAAGCAGGUGGGCGAGGAGAUCUUGGAGUUGCUUACCAAACCCACAGCUAAAGAACGUUCCGUGGCCGAGAAGUUCAAGUCUCACGGCGGUGCUCAGGUGAUGGAGUUUUGCUCGCACGGCACCAAGGUGGAAUGCCUCAAAGCACAGCAGGUGGCCAACGAGAUGGCGGCUAAAAAGAAGCUGGAACGUCGCGAGGAGAAACAACUCAAGGAGGCCAGCAACAGCAGUGGAAACAGCAACAAGUUAAAGACGAGCGCCGAGGACACAGAGGAUGGUGAGAUCCUUACGGAGACACUUAACACUUGCGAGGCCGAGUCACAGGAGUCCACGGAUGACAGCGAAUCCUCGGGCGACUCGGACAAGUGCACCAAACUGCACUUUAAGAAGAUUAUACAAUCGCACACAGAUGAAUCGCUGGGAGAUUGCAGUUUCCUCAACACCUGCUUCCACAUGGCCACGUGCAAGUAUGUGCACUACGAGGUGGACACCUUGCCGCACAUCAACACCAACAAGCCGACGGAUGUGAAGACGAAGCUCAGCCUCAAGCGCAGCAUCGAUGCCAGCUGCACAUUGUAUCCACCUCAGUGGAUUCAAUGUGAUCUGCGUUUCCUCGAUAUGACGGUGCUGGGAAAAUUUGCGGUGGUCAUGGCCGAUCCACCAUGGGAUAUACACAUGGAGCUGCCCUACGGCACCAUGUCGGAUGAUGAGAUGCGAGCGCUAGGCAUUCCAGCACUGCAGGAGGAAGGUUUAAUCUUCCUCUGGGUGACGGGACGUGCCAUGGAGUUGGGCAGGGAUUGCCUCAAGCUCUGGGGCUACGAGCGUGUGGAUGAACUCAUCUGGGUGAAGACAAAUCAGCUACAGCGCAUCAUACGCACUGGACGCACAGGACAUUGGCUGAAUCACGGUAAAGAGCAUUGUUUGGUGGGCAUGAAGGGCAAUCCCAACAAUUUGAAUCGCGGCCUCGACUGCGAUGUCAUUGUGGCUGAAGUGCGUGCCACGUCCCACAAACCAGACGAGAUCUACGGCAUCAUUGAACGCUUGAGUCCGGGAACGCGCAAGAUUGAGCUAUUCGGACGACCACACAACAUUCAACCCAACUGGAUAACGUUGGGCAAUCAGCUGGAUGGCAUUCGGCUAGUGGAUCCCGAACUCAUCACACAAUUCCAGAAACGUUAUCCCGAUGGCAAUUGCAUGUCGCCCACAGCGGCAGCGGUGAAUGCAAUUAAGAACUGACACAAACAAGAUGAAGGUCAACUACUGGCCAUAGAUUGAGUGCAGGAUUAGUUUAAGAAAGUUAGCAACUAAGUGGAAAGUCGAAACAAUAUUGUAAUUAUAUAGGAUAGAAGGGUAUUAUAACUAAUUGACGAGAGGCAUUUUGAACUCCAUUAACUACUUUAAAUAUGCUUAAUUACACAUUGUCUGUCGGACACACCUAAAACUCAAAGACUAUAAAUGCUAUAGCCAGUAAAUUUGGUUCCUUAGGUCAAGAUAUAAAUCAAAACCUAAAUAUCUGUUUAACUGUCUCUAUAAAAUUGGGCUGUUAUCCUUAAUCUUUAAUGUGCAGUUAAGUAUUGAGACAGUUAAGCAAAUUUAUACUGUAAACACAUUCACAAAUAGUUGCUACAAAAUAAAAUAGCUUAAUAAACAUGGAACUUAUUUAAACAAGAAAGCUACAAUCGAGUGUGCUCGACUGCGAGAUACCUUUAGUGCGGUAAUAUUCUUAAAAUGUACCAAAUACCUAUAUCACAAGAAUACUUAAAGCUAUGUUCGGUAUAUUUAUAUAGUGUUGCAUUCAAAUUAUACCAUACAGUACUGAAAUAUACCAGUUUGUCAGUCAAAGCAGCUAAGUCCCGCAAAAAUAAUAUAUCACAACACUACCAACGGCUGUAUUUGGUAUAGUGAUUGAGUGCUACAUUUAAAAUAUACUAUAAAGUACUGAAAUAUACCAGAUUCAGACGGAUAUAUAUGCUGUAUAGGGUCAGAGAUGCCUCCAUCUGCCUGUUACAGCUGUGAACAUUAAAAUAGCAGUGCGUCAGAAAAUAUUCAUUUUGUUAGUUACAUUUCCUGCAAUCAGAAAGUUAUAAUACCCUUUUACCGGGUAUAAGAACAAUGCAGUAGCAGGUAAAAACAAGUGCAAGUAGCUUACAAUACUUUAAAAUUAAGUUAAAAAGUCAUACAACAUUGUAGUUAAAU